AUGAGCAUCGAAGAGGACGAGCACAACCUCGCUGUUCGAGUUCAAAAUCAACAGGCCCAAAGGCCUUUGCAUGACUGGCAUGGAGGAGGUGACAAUCAUGAACAGCCUGAAAGGACGCAUCCUGCUGUUGGAGCAGACCUACAUGCACAGCCAGAAGAUGUGACGUCCUUCAUGGCUAGAUCACUUUCAAGUGCUGCACUGCGACCGGACAGUACCAGAGGACCUUCUACAUCCUCGAGCUCUUCACGCACCAGCACCCUUGGCUUGGAUGAAAUGCGAAGAGCAAUUGUUUAUUGCCUGGAUGGACGCACAGUCAACAUCAAUGCACCUUGGGAUGACGCUGACCAGCUUUGGCAUGUUUGCGCGCAAACCCUGGCCAUUGAGGAAAGGGAUAUCAUGCGAGUCCUCCAUGUUGACUAUAGACCUGAAGACAUUGCUCAAGAAGAACUUGAAUGUCUUCUUCUACUGAAAAGACAGGAAGAGCCCUCUGUCAGUUUUCUUCGUUUGUGCCUCCAGGAUGUGAAUUAUGCUGCUGAUCGACGUGGUCCGAGAACACUCAUUUCUCGCAAGUCCGCCUUGAUUCCUCGCAGAAGCAACAGAGCCUCACUCAUUCGACUUGCUGGUUUCGAAGGUCAUUGUUUUCAUGAGCCGUGGCGAUGCCAUGUGUGGAUCAAUGGCAACCUCUUCUCUGACGAGAUCGAUGUCAUUGAGCUCAACAAUGGAGACUAUGUCCGCAUUGACAUUCCGUCUCAUCCUGAGGAACCUGAGCAGCUGUGCGAUGCGACCACAAAUGAUUUGGACGAUGUUUCUCAAAACAACAGCAAUGAAUCAACACGGAAUCAUGAGGAUAUGAGCACCAUGCAAAUCGGCAUAGUUCCGAUGGGUCAGCAAUGCAAACUUGACAACACCAGUGUUGUCGAAGGCCCUGAAUUUGCUGUUCCUCUUGAAGCACCUGAGCCGCCUGGCCGCCCUGAAUUGCAUCUUGGUGAACAUCUCGAAUGCAUGGAUGGACUUCACCGUUUUUGGUGGCUUCACUCUGCUGUUGAACUAGAAGAAGAAGGGCGUGUCCUCUAUGUCUCUACGUGGUACACUGAUGGCACAAGAUGGCCAUCUUGCGAUGAACCUCGACCUGUGCGCCUCUUGAGUGAUCCUGGAGUAUGGGCUGAUCGCCUUGCUGAAGCAUGGGAUGACAAAGUUGAUCCAGACUGUCCUCUACAUCUGUAUCUUCUCACCCCACAGCCGAGAUCCAAUUUGUGGUCACCGAUUGGGGCGCCGCAUGUGCUCAUUGUCCAGAACCCUCUUCCUGAUCAUCGGAGUGUUCAUAUUGCCACACUGGAUCCGCGCAGUACUGACCUUGGAAUACCCAGCUGCAUUCGCACUGUUCCUGCUGCACUGACCAGACCUGACUUGCUUACGGCAGUUGACCUUCAGCAUGUUUGUCUUCCUGGGCAUGUCGACUGCAUGAUCUGGUGGGGCGAGCACGAAUUUCGUGAUGGACAUGUUUUCCCAGUUCGGCAGGGGUUCUCAUUUCUCAUCAUUCGCAAUCAUCUUACAGCCGCUGCCAGCUCCUCACAACAUGUUCCUGCAGUACCAGCACAUUUGGAGGAUGGAGCGGAAGAUGAUGAGUCACUGGCUCUGCUACAAACCCAAGUUGGCUUGAAGCGAACAGUCCUUCUUCUUGACACUUUGAUCCCGGAAGAGGACACUCAGCAACAUGAAAUGCAAGUCCCCAUCCGUCUGGUUGCGGGAGCCACCAUGCCACCGUUGCCUACAUUCAUUGAAUGCGAACCCCCUGGCACUGCACUCCAAAUACGAGCAGAACUUUGUCAUUGGGGACAUCAAUGUGAUGUGCAUCGCUUUGGCCAACAUGAUGUUGCCUUGUGUCUACCCCAAGGGUGGGUUGCAGAUCCUUUUCACUAUCACUACAUGUUUUGCCACACGGACGUCACGGACACCUUGGGUGCCUUUCUUCACACGGCUGAGCAUAUCAUGAGUGACCACGACAUGAUGCGCUUCCUCUAUGGCUUGGGUUAUUGGCGCGCUGUCAUUUUGUCGAGUGAAGAUCUGCCUUGUGGACUCCGUCAUGUGACCUUUGAGAAUGUGUCUGUGCAGCUUCCUGUGCAUGAUCUCAAGCAUAAGCCCACUCCGCCUUGGCCAGCUCCACUUGCUGUUCAACAUGCUCCUUGGCGCCCUUUCGUGCUCCCAGGGACCGUUGCAGAUGAUGAUUGCGUGAUACGGUAUGGAAUACCACUUCAAGACGUUGAAGCCUUUUUCAACUCUGCUGAUGGUAUUUUGCAGCGAGAUCCUGCCGGACAUGACUUUCCAUCUACCACACAGGCAGCAUUGCGCAUGAGCGUCUCCGUCAACCUUGAGGACUUCGACAGGAUCAUCAUUUAUUCAGAUGGUUCAUCACAUGCUCUUGACAAGCACAAACCUGCCUUGUGGAAUGCAUUGGAAACGGCCCUGCCUGGUGACGCUCUUCAAGUUGAGCACAUUCCAGGCCACACUCAAGAGCCUUUCAAUGAUAUGGUGGACUGGUUAGCGAAGAAGGAGAGAGAGAAGAGCUUUUACUGCCAACGGCAGAAGAUUUCUAUGGCCGUGUGGCGUCAACUUCUUCCUCAUCUUUGGACUUUCUUCAGCUACAAUGAUGGCCUUCCUCCGAGAUGCACUGAGGGACUUCAUGCUUAUGCGCCCUCCCUGCCACCUGAUCUCAAGUCUGUGCGAAAGGAUGACAGGGACUCCGGCAAAGCACGACCAGUUCCUUUGAGUUUGACUUUGAGUUUUUGCACUGCCAAUAUUGCUUCGAUGUACAAUGGAUCCUGGGGUCAUGCAGGUAAAACAGAGUACUUGCGGCAACAAUUUCUCUCAAUGCGACUUCUCUUUUUGGGCAUUCAGGAGAGUCGCACUCCAGAAACCUUCAGCGCUGCGGAGAACGUCCUGAGGAUUGGCUCUGGACAUGCACACGGUGGACUCUAUGGAGUUGAGCUUUGGGCAAACCUCAAUGUGCCCUAUGGUCGUCUCGGCCACCGUGAGCUCUACUUCAAACGAGCUGACUUUCAGGUUCUGCAUCGAGAUCCAAGGGCCUUGCUGGUCCGAGUUGACACUGACUUUGUUCACUUUGCCCUUCUGGUUGGCUACGCACCGCAGUCGGGUCUUUCAGUCGAUGUGCGCAGUGAUUGGUGGGAGUCCCUGCAGACUAUUGCCUCCCUGAAAGCUCCUGAUGAACAGUUAUUUGUUCUCAUCGAUGCCAAUGCUGAUCCUGGACCUUGUGAUUUCAGACAUGUCCUGACACAUGGUUUCAAGCAGACCGCCAACACAGAUUUUCUGAGAGCCUUUCUGCGUGCACAAGAUCUCUGCUUGCCUGUGACAAGUGCAUACCACCAAGGCGGAGUUGACACCUGGGCCCAACCCAAAACCUUUUGCCGUGCCUCGGUGACGCGUCAGCAUGUGCAUCAAGUGCUGCAAGACUAUGUCCCGACUCAUUGGCAACAUGAUGUUGAGCACCAAGUUGAGGACUUCAACCGGCACUUGACCAAUGGCAUUGCGCAGAGUUGCCCGAGAUCCUCGAGAAGACCCAAGAAGGCCUUUAUCCCUGAUUCUGUCUGGCAUUUGAGGCUUUGCAAGUUGGAUAGGCGCAAGAAGCUCAAAGAAUUGGAAUCUCGCAGAAGAUUUGAACUCUUGCGUUUGUGCUUUUCUACCUUUGAGAAUGUGUCCCUUGAGAACGCCAGUCAUGCCUUCUGGAGAUAUGACACUUGGUUACUGUGCUGCAAGAUCCGGGUUUUCAGUGCUCUGCACCAAGCCGCUGGGCAACUGAGAGUGAAACUCAAAGAGGCCAAGACAGCUCACUUGCAAGCGCUUUUUCAAUCACUACCACCUGACGCUCCUGCCUCGCAAAUUUUGCAUGAAUUGAAACAAGUGAUUGGUUCCACAAACCUCCGCAAGGUGCACCAGAAAGCUCUGCCCUUCAUACGAAAUGAUCAAGGGCAGGUUUGUCGUAGUUCAAAAGAAGCUUUGGACACCUGGAUCACCUUUUUCAUGCUAAUGGAAGGGGGGCAACGCUUGGCUUCAGAUCAGCAAAGAAGUGAAUGGCUCGACAAUUUGGCGUCAUUUCGUGCUUCUUCCUUGGAUUUGACCCUGGCGGACCUUCCCAGUUUGUGCGAGCUCGAAUGUGCGUAUCGACGUGUCAAGCCGGGGAAGGCGACUGGACCAGAUGGCAUUGAUGCUCUCCUUUGUCACUUGAGUCCCGCUGAUUUUGCGAAGAAGACGUAUUCGCUCAUGUUGAAGACCCUCACACAUGGUCAGGAAAGUCUUCUCCACAAGGGUGGAAGGUUGCACCCCCUUUGGAAGGGGAAGGGAGCGAAAGACAGCUGUGCCGCGUAUCGCAGCAUUUUGGUUUCGUCGCACAUCGGCAAGACCAUUCAUCGCUGUCUUCGAGUUCAUUCCGCAGAUCUUUUUGAGAGAUACCUUCAAAAACAACAGCUGGGCGGCAAACGCCGGAUCUCUGUUGCUACAGGCGUCCAUCAAGCCCGUGCCUUCUUGAGAUCUCGUCGCCAACGUGGACUCAAUGUGGGAAUGGUCUUUCUUCAUUUGUGCGAAGCUUUCUACCGCAUUGUGCGGGAAUUGGCGAUCGGAGGCCCAGCCUGCGAUGAGACAAUCGCCAAAAUGGGUCAUCGCUUGGGCAUGGGAGAGGAUUUGCUUCAUGCUUUGUACCGGCAUUUGGAUGAUGAGCAUGCUCUUGCCAGAGCGGGACUUUCCAGGCAAAUGCAGAUGAUGGUGAGAUCGCUACAUGCAGACACACAUUUUUCACUUCAAGGGCAAGAAGAUCGAUGCAAGACACGUCUGGGGACUCGCCCCAGCGACAGUUGGGCGGAUCUCAUUUUCAGCUUUCUUUGGACCCGCCUUUUACAUGACCUUGAAGCUGAAUUUCAAGAGGCGGGCCUCAUUGACAAUGUGCCUGCCGAGCUUGGGUUACGCAGUUCUUUGCUCCCAUGCACCAAUGAAGAUCCACCUUGCAUGACGACAGUUGGGUUUAUAGGUCCCACAUGGAUGGACGACAGUGUAUUCUGCUUUGCAGAUCCGCAUGCUGAUGCUUUAGAAAGAAAAGCAGUUCAUCUUUGUGGUCUGUUACUCCAAAAGUGCCGAGAAUUCGCUAUGACGCCCAACCUCAAUCCUGGCAAAACUGCUGCCAUGCUGGUAUUCCAGGGCCCGGGCUCAGUUGCGGCCAAGAAACGCAUUUUUGGACCCAGUGCCCCAAAGGUGCUGACUAUUCUCACUGAAUAUGAUACGCAGCAAGUCCAUGUGGUUACAGCCUACACUCAUCUGGGAUGCCUCCUGCACCACAAAGGUGAUAUGAGGCAAGAGGCCAGACGAAGAUUCAGCAUUGUGCAGACCGCAUUUCAACAACAUAGACGUUUGCUUUACCAGAACAAGCAUUUGUCUUUGCGCCGGCGCGCUGAAUUGUUUCGCACCUUGAUUCUCAGCAAAUUUGUCUACGGUUGUGAGUCGUGGACACUGGCGGAUGCUCGAAGAUCAAGCUCUACAAGCGUCUCAUUCACCGUGCACAAGAAUCACAUUUGA